CAACUACAACCGAAACGCCAUCUCCUGCAGGAAAGACGACUAGUCUAACAACAAAAGAAGCAGCGACGGUUACCACAACGACAAGCACGUCAAAGACGUCAUCAAUUAUGCCAAGUAAAAGUGACGCGAUACGUUUUAGCUUGAUUGGGCAUUGGGGUCAAAAUCUUGCUUUUACACGUCAUAUCGAAUCACCGUUAAGAACGUACUGCCAUAGAAAUUCUUAUGACGUCAUAGUUAUAAAUGCGUUAGAUAUUUUCAAGGAUGACGGAGGAAAUAAUAGAGAUGACUUACCCGGACUGUCUUUUUCGCGACAUUGUGUAACAACAUUUGGAAAUGGUUACAGAACAUACUUGAAAUGCAAUGAAAUUGCUCGAGAUAUCAAAACUUGUCAACAGAGAGGAAAAAAGAUAAUUCUAUCAAUUGGCAACGGUGGCAAACGGCGAAAUGGAUUUGGUGAUAAAGCAGCUGCAAUUGCAUAUGCGUCGACCAUUUGGAAUUUAUUUUUGGGAGGUUCUUAUCACGUAAGAACGUUUGGCAGAGAAGUUUUGGAUGGCAUAAAUAUUGACAUUUCAUAUCACACACAGCGUUAUUGGUUUGACGAGUUUAUAGUUGAGUUACGUCGACUGAUGGACACUGACACCAGCAGAAAAUAUCUCAUCACAACCACAACCCCAUGUAGCUUUCCGAAUUUUUGGUUAGGAAAGACAUACGCAAGAAACAGCAGACUCUUUGACAGCUUCUUCAUCUCAUUUGUCGAUAGCUGCGCUCCGCAAACUGUAUCCGCUUUUAAUCAAGCUCUUUCUCAGUGGUCGACUUUGCCGGGACCGAGCAUUUAUAUUGGCCUUCCAGCUAAUAAAGAUAUUUUAAAUAUGGGGAGAUUUUAUAUGAAACCAAGCGAAGCCGUAGCAUUAUAUAAAAAAUACAACGCCAUUUAUCCACGCAUUGCUGGGAUUAUUUUAAAAGAUGUUAGUUGGGAUGACGUCAACAAAAACAACAAGGGAAUACGCUACAGUGACCAAAUCGCGCAAGUGCUCAAGCCGGAUGAUCACACUACGGAGAAACCAAGAAUAACGCAUUCACCUGUUAUUCCAAAUAAUUCAGGUGUCAAGACAAUGAUGACGUCAGCUGUUUCAUUAUUCACAGUGCUUAUCAUAGAUGUCGCAAUGAAUGUUUUCUAAGUGGAAAUCAAACAUGGCGCAGCUAUUUGUAUCUUUAAAUUAACACAAUUUAAAUAAAUAUUUCGUUAUACUUUUAA